AGACUGAACUGUGUAGAAAAUUUCAUCGUGAUCGGACUCUCCUUUCGAAAGUUAUCGUGUAAACGGCCGGCCGGACGGACGGCCGGACAUACUGACCGAUUCUAGAGUGUACUCACUUUUUGAGUACACAAAAAGUAGAAGAUACUCAUAAACUGUCUACGUUUUAUGUGAAUAUUAUUUAAGCAUCCGUAGUUGCCUUUCAUUUACCAGACAUUAACAGAUAUCAACUGCCAGAAAGAAAGUUUUCACAAAAUAAAAAACAAAAUUGGGUCUUUGUUACGCGUGACAGUCCAAUAAAUUUUUACUAUCAAAAUCCAUCAUUUUUGCCAUAUAUUUUAAAUGAAUAUUUCGAUCGUUCAAUUUCAUAUAGGUAUGAUUCACCAUUUUCAAUAUUUUUACCAACAAUAAAGUCCCGUCUAUUACUCAAAAAAGUGCAGAACUUAUCUGGAUCAAGUAUAACUGAAAUUGAACCUGAACUUGAACGAAAUUUAAUAAUGAAAAGUCUACAACUCAAGAUAAAACCUAUUGUAUGGAUUGCAUCGCAUUGUAUAACAUUUUCUCAACGAGAAAAAUAUGUUGAAAAAUUAAAAGAAUACAUUCAUAUUGAUGUUUACGGUGAGUGUGGUGUACCUUGUUCAAGAACAACUACUCAUCAAUGUAAUAAUAUAAAUCUUCAUGAAUAUUACUUCCACUUAGCAUUCGAAAAUAGUCGUUGUGAUUUAUACAUAACUGAAAACUUUUGGAAUAUUAUGUCUGAUAAUACACAUCGUCUUGUACCUAUUGUUAUGGGUGCUAAUGAAUAUGACUAUGCACGUAUUGCACCAAAAAAAUCUUAUAUUCAUAUCGAUCAUUAUAAAACACCGGAGGAUCUUGCUAAAUAUCUCAUUUUUCUUAUGAAAAAUCCAGAAAAGUAUCUUGAAUAUCUUAAAUGGCGAGAGUAUGCAACGAUUAAAUUUCAAUUUCCUGGAACAUGGAUGAAUCUUUUAUGUCCACUGUGCGAAAUGGCAUAUGAAAAUCAUCCAUCUUCUUAUGAUCGAUAUAACUUUUCAUCAAUUUAUCAUCCAAAAAUUCAAUGUAAUCAAGAUGAUGUUAAGCUGUUUAAAAAGUGUAAACAAAACAAUUUAGGAGUUUUGAUGAGUUGGAUGCAUAACGUCAAAUGUCCAUAGAAAUGAAAUAUAAUUUAUGUAUUGAAAAUAGUUGUUUUCCUAAUGCUACACAUCUUUUCUAAAAAAGAAAUUCAGUAUUUGAAAAUGAGUCAAUUUGGAUGCGUGCAUGGCUCUGAAUAGGAUUUUAAACAUAGGUGUGAUCUGAGUGAGAGACAAAAUAGAGAAUACUGAUUGAAAGACGUCCGAUUUUCAAUGAUGGCAAGGCCAUAUUAGAUAAGAACUAUCAAAACCGAGAAAAUAGUGCUAGAAUCCAGUAAAAUGCAGCAAUGGAUACCAGACUAAUGGAUGAUAUAAGUACCCUUUUCAAGUGAGAAAAUGUCGCUCGAGUCAAAAAUAACUGUUCUUUCCGUUCUCCAUAUACAAGACUAAUGAUUACAUAUCCCCCUAGAAAAAAAUAGUGUCACUCGAUAUUUUCUACAUCUGAUUACUAUAAAUCAACAUUUUGAGAAAAGUAAAUAUAUAUUUGGAUAGCCCGUGGAAUUCUCUACAACUCUAUAUAUGUGGGUUUUGAAUUAUAUUCGUUCGCUAAAAAUAAAUUCAAAAACAGUAACGGCACUCUCGUCGGCAGAUUCCCCAGAAAUGAAUUUUUUUUCUUUUUUUCUUUUUUUCUUUCGUUUUUUCAAACUUAUCUUCUCGGUUUUCUUUCUAUUUUCUCGAAAAUAUCAUUUAGUCACAUACAUAAAUCUAGGUCAGCUAGUCUCAUUCGCACGUGCACAAAUUAGUGAUUUAUUUUCUCUUGUGUCGUUCGUUUUAUAUUUUGUCGUUCAUGUUUUGUUUUAUUCUGAACGUAUACUCGAAUUAUUUCAAGAAACCAAUAAUGUUAUUCAACGAAACGGACGAUGUCGUCAACUGAUGUUGAAUGAUGGACGACUACCCACCUGUUAGUCUGGACCUCAACGCUGUUGAGAGUGUAUGGUCUUGGAUGAAUCGAUAUGUACAAAGAAAUCAUCCACACUCUCAACGGCAUUUAGAAAGAUUAGUUGAACAAGCAUGGAAUGCAAUUCCACAAAACGUUAUUCGUGGGUAAAUAAAUACUAUAUCAAAUAUUUGUAGUCAAAUAAUAGUUAAUAAUGGAUGGAAAAGCACAGGAUAAUAAAGACCUCUAUGUACUUUCAUAUUGUAUACUAAGCUUUGUAAUAACUUAUUUGUGUAUGAAAAAUAAAUUUGAAAAAACGAAAGAAAAAAAGAAACAAAAUUCAUUUCUGGGGAAUCUGCCGAUGAUGGUGCCUUUACUGUGUUUGAAUUUAUUUUUAGCGAACGAAUACAAUUCAAAACCCACAUAUAUAGAGUUGUAGAGAAUUCCACGGGCUAUCCGAAAAUAUAUUUACUUUUCUCAAACUGCUGAUUUAUAGUGAUCAUAUGUAGAAAAUAUCGAGUGACACUAUUUUUUUCCAGGGGGAUAUAUUUAUAUCCAAGAGCGUACAUAAGAAGGGUGUGGGUGUGGGUGUGGGUGUGGGUGUGGGUGUGGGCGUGGGUGUGGGUGUGGGUGUGGGUGUGGGUGUAGGUAUUAGUAGAAGUGUUUCAUCAACACCCACACCCACACCCACACCCCACACCCACA